AUGGAUCGUAUAAAUAUGGAUGCAUUGUUUACAAAUCAACGUAAUGAAUCUGAUGAUUACUAUACAAUUCUUGGCUGUGAUGAACUUUCAAAUAAAGAUCAAAUUCAAGCUGAAUAUCGUAUUCGAGCACUUCAAUUACAUCCAGAUAAAAAUUUAGAUGAUCCAAAAGCAAUGGAACAAUUUAAACAACUUCAAGAAGCUAAAGAAGUUUUAUGUGAUGAUAUUCAACGAAAAGCAUAUGAUUAUUGGCGUAAUAGUCAUAUAACUGUACCAUGGAAAACAUGGCAAUCAAUCAACGAACGAAGUCAACCGGUAAGAAAAAAACAAUAG